GUUAAGUUCUCUCCAGAAUUCACUGUAUCUUUUACGGAGUAAAAACUCAUCUGGAAGCUUUUUUAAAUACUGGAUUUAUAUCUAAACAAGUCUGGAGGUAUGGAUUACUUUAAAUUUAUUUUGAAACAGGGCAGGAAGUAUCAGACUGUGUUGGGUUACAGUUCUUUAUCUUUGCUUGCUGCUGUAAGUGAGACUUCCUUCAGUACCAUAGUAUAUAAAUGUCCAUGUAACAGCUAUAAUUACAUGUAUGGCUUAGUUUUCUUACUAGUUCCAGCCUUGAUACUCUUCAUGCUUGGCUAUAUCCUCAGUAUUCACAUGUGGCAGCAAUUCACAUCUUGCUGCAACGAAGAAGGGCACUGCUGCUUGAAUGGGAAAGUAAAAAAUUAUCUAUGGAAGUUUCUGAAAGUGACAUUUGCAUCAGCAUUGGCCCCUCUGACCUGGAUAGCCUUGGCUCUGCUGAAAGGUACUUUUUAUGAGUGCAUAGUCUCUGGCUUUCAUUGGGACUACUUGAAACAACGAUUUUGUGAGAACAAAACAGGGUGUCUGAAGAUAUUGCCUCAGCUGCCCUGUAUUUCGUCAUCAUCAUCAUCAUCUACAUCCUUAUUAUCUACAUUGAACCUUACGAAGAGUAACAUAGAAAAUAUCCAAAGUAACUUACGUGCAGAAUCUCAGGUAAUGAUCUGUUCACAGUUUGUUUAAUGCAAACAUGAGGUGCUUUUUGUAAUUCACAAUUUGUUAAAUUGAUUUAGUUUCUUUAGAUAGUUUCCUGAAACCACAGGCCAAUACUUCCUAAAUGACUGUUGCCUUUGUAGAGUGGAUAUAAGUAUUCACUAAUGUAUAUCAUGUAUCAUUCUUAGUAGAGUUUAAUUAAAAUUAAAAAAGCAGAUUCAAUGUGCAAUACUCCUCAAACGCUUUGGAUUACUGUUUAACAUAUUACUUAGUUAAGUAAAAAAGCAGAAGGUAAUUUAUUUUUGAAGUUUGUAAGCUUUUAUGAUAGAAAGUUAUAAGGCAAACAUCCAUGUAAGGUAGAGUUUCCCAACCCGUGGUACGCAUAUCCCCAAGGGUACAAUACAGAUCCCCUGAGGGCAUGCAAAAAAAUUCUGUAAUGGUGGAAUUGACUUCUGCACCACCGAUCCUGGGCAGUUGCACACUGUCCCCAUGGGCUUGAAAGGCGGUCGAGUGCUGACACCCUGGUAUUCGCACCGCGGCUCCACUCCCUUGCCUCCUUAUUGGAGUUCGCACUGAACGCAUCGCAUGGAGGUUGGGGAGAGGAGUGUGCAUUGCAUGGGAGGCUGGUAUGGAGUGAAUCGCAUGGCAAGCUGGCUGGGACAGAGGAAAUCAUGCCCAUGACAUGCACUUGUGUUUACACACACUGGGAUUGUAGAAAUUUAAGAGACUCCUUUUGGUGCAUGAAAAAAAGGUCAGUGCCCCCCUCCCCAAACACUACCCCCUCCCACACUGCCCCCCUCACUGUCACCCUCCCCACACGGUACCCCCACACUAUAUCCCCCCACACUGUCCCCCUCCCCACACAUUGUCCCCUUCCCCUUACACACAGACUCCCCCACAUACUCUCCCUACACUGUCCACCUCCCCACAUACUGUCACGCUCCCACACAAUACCCCCACACUGCCCACCUCCUAUAUGUUUCCUUCACACUGCCCUCCUCCACACACACUCCCCUUCUACUGUCAUUCUGCCAUUCACUGCCCUCACACUAUUACCCUCACACACACUGCAUCCACAGUGUCACCCUCCCCGCACACUGCCCCCACACUGUCACCCUCCCACACAAUGCCCCCCUUUCCAUUCACUGUCCCCACAUCAAAACCCUCCCACACAUUCCUCUCUCCACACAUUGCCCCCACACUGUCACCCUUCCCACACACUGCCCCCACACUGUAACCCUCCCCACACUGUCCUUGUCAGGGGUUUGGUCUGGUAGUGGUGCUGACCAGUGCAGCAACCUCUAUAGGGUGGAACCCAGAAUGCAAAGAAACCAAUAAAUCAAGGCAAAAAAAUAAGUGUAUUUAUAUUUAAGAGUGUAGCUAAAGGGCAUUUGGAUACAGGACUGGCAAGGCCAGGCCUCUGGAUACAGGACAGGCAGGGCCAGGCCUCUGGAUACAGGACAGGCAGGGCCAGGCCUCUGGAUACAGGACAGGCAAGACAAGGCCAGGCUUCUGAAUACAGGACAGGCAAGGCAAGGCCAGGCCAGGCCUCUGGAUACAGGACAGGCAAGGCAAGGCCAGGCCUCUGGAUACAGGACACACUGUCCUUGUAGCAGUGCAGCAACCUAUAUGAGGUGGAACCCAGAAUGCAAAGAAAUAAUAUACAUAUAAAUCAAGGCAAAAAAUAAGGACAGGCAAGGCAAGGCCGGGCCUCUGGAUACAGGACAGGACAGGUCUCUAGAUACAGGACAGGCAAAGCCUCUGGAUACAGGACAGGCAGGGCAAGGCCAGGCCUCUGGAUAAAGAACAGGCAAGGCAAGGCCAGGCCUCUGGAUACAGGACAGGAAAGGCCAGGCCACUGGAUACAGGCACUGCAAGGCCAGGCCAGGCCACUGGAUACAGGCACAGCAAGGCAAGGCGAGGCCUCUGGAUACAGGACAGGCAAGGCAAGGCCUCUGGAUACAGGCCUCUGGAUACAGGACAUGCAAGGCAAGUCCAGGCUUCUGGAUACAGGACAGAACACACUCUCCCUACACUGUCAUCCUCCCCCACACACUGUCCACCUUCACACAUACUGUCACCCUCCCACAGUGUCACACUGGCCCCACACUGACAUCCUCCCACACUGACCCCCUCCCUUACAUACUACCCCUACACUGUCACCCUCCCACACUGCCCUCCUACCACACAAUGUCACCCUUUUCAUACACCCUGCCACACAUAACCCUGCCACACAUUCCCCCUCUCCACAUACUGUUCCCCUCCCCACGCUGUUGACCUCCCCACACACUGUCGACCUCCCCACACCAAGUCCCCACACUGUCACCCUCCCCAUACACUGCCCCUACACUGCCAACUCCCGCUCACUGUUACAUUCCCUACACACUGCCCACACACUGUCACCCUCCACACACAGUGCCUCACACACUGUCCCCCUCCCCCACACUACUACUACACUGUCACCCUUCCACACUACCCCACAUACUUCCACCACACUGUCCCCUCCCACAUUGCUCUCCUUCCCACACACUGCAUCCCCCACUUUCAACUUUCCACACUGUCUCUACACUGUCACCCUGACCCACUGCCCCCUCCCAAACACUGCCACUACACUGUCACCCUUCCACAGUACCCCCAUACUGUCCCCCUCCUCACACACUACCACCACACGGCCCCCUUCCACAUUGCCACCGCCCCAUGUAGUGCCUCCCUCCACACACACUGCAUACCACACUCUCACCCCCUCACACUCGCACUGUCCCCACACUGUCCCCCUCCCACAUUGGCCCCCUACCCACACACUGCCCUCACACUGUCACCCUCCCACACUGUCAACCUCCUCGCACACACAAUUACCCUCUCCCCACAGACUGCAUCCCACACUGUCACCCUUUCCACAUUCACACUGCUCCACACUGUCACCCUCACACACUGCCUCCCUCCCCUGCACUGCCACUACACUGUCACCCUUCCAAACUACCCCCACACACUACCACCACACAGUCCCCCUCCUACAUUGCCCCCCUCCCCACAUAGUGCCUCCCUCCCCACACACUACCGUCACAAUGUCACCCUCCCACACUGUUACCCUCCUCCCACAUACUGCCCCCAACACACCACCCCCACACGCUAACACCCUCCCACACUCAAACUGGCCCCUCACUGACAUCCUCCCCCUACACUGUCACCGUCACCACACUGACACCCUCCCACACCAUCACCCUCCCACACCAUCACCCUCCCACACACUACCUCUAUACUGUCACCCUCCCAUGUACUGUCACCCUCCCCAAACACUACCCCACACUGUCCCCUCCUCACACACUGUCCUCCUCCUCACACACUGCCCACACACUUUCACCAUUCCACAUUGUCACCCUCCCCAUUCACUAACCCCACCCUGUCACCCACCUCCCACACACUGCCCCACACACACUUCCCCCACUAUUACCCUCCCCGCACUCUCACCCUCCUCAUAUACUACCUUCUCACUGCCCACCUUCCCACACUCUGCCCCCCCAUACUCACAUGCUCUAAAACUCACACUGCCCCACGCGGUCACCCUACAACACUCUCCCCUCCCCAUACACUACCCCACACUGGCACCAUUCCCACACGCCCCCCACACUGUCACCAUCUAACACACCUUCACUGCCCCCUCACCCACAUUGGCAUCUCCCUCCACACUGUCACCAUCCCCCACAAUGCCACCCACACUAUCCCUGUCCCACACACUGUCACCAUUCCACACACUGCCCCUGCACACUUAACCCCUGCCCCCACACACUGUCCCACUCCACACACACACUGCCCCCACAUUGUCCCUCUACCCACACACUGCCCCUACACUAUCACCCUCCCCACACACUGUCUUCCUUCAUACACAUUGUCCCCACACUGUCACCUGCUCCCACACACUGUCUCCCUCCCCAAACACUGCCUCCACAUUGUCACCCCCAUGCACACUGCCCCCACACUGUCACAAUCCCCACGCACAGCUCCCACACUAUCUGUGGCAGAGGAGGAGCAGGGAGAGCCUGUGUGAGAGGAGAAGCAAGGAGGCCAGGGGCAUAAGAGGAGCUGCGAGAGCCUGGGGCAGAGGAGGAACAGUCGAGCCUGUGACAGAAGAGGAGCAGGGAGAGCUUGCUAUAUACAAGGAGAGCUUGGAGGCAGAACAGGAGCAGGUAGAGUCUGGGCUAGAAAUGCAGGAAGAGCCUGGGGUAGAUGAGAAGCAGUGUAGUCUGGUGUAGGAGAUCAUGGAGAAGAGGAAAAGCAGGGAGAACCUUGGGCUGAGGAAAAGCAGCGACAACCUUGGGCAGAUGAGGAGCAGGGGAGCCUGUGGCAAAAGAAAAGCAGUGGAGCCAUGGGCAAAUGAGAAGCAUGAGAGCCAUGGACAUAGGAGGUGCAGGCAGGGCCAGAUUAACAGCCCAGUGGGCCUGGUGCUGACAAUUAUGAUGGGCCUAAUUACAGAAUCUUAUCGACCAAAACACUAAAACACUCCCAAGCAUCAUGUAUCUGAUGGAGAUGGUGCUUGAGGGAAAGAAAACAGCAGCUAUAAGAAAACACAUACCCUAUGCUAAUCUCUCUCUAAUUUAUGUUUUCAUCUUUCAAGUAAAUUCAUAACCCGUAACAGCAGUGUCCAGUGAAGCAGGAAGUCAAUGGGUGCGGUAAAAGGGUGUGCCACUGACGCAAAUCACGUAACCUGCCAAAAGGGGCAAACAUGCUUAAAAGGGAGGCAUGUUUGUCCAAAGAAUUGGAAGGCCAGCCUGGCAUGAAUGCAUGUCAGGCUGCCUGCCAAUCAUGCAGGCUGUCCAACUACGGGCAUACUAUGCAGACAGCACCCUGAGCUUGGCAUUAAUGCGUCUAAUGAUGCGCUCGCUCAACGCUUUCCAAGGACUGUCCCCUAGCACUCACAUGUCCACUUGUCUCCUUACAAGCAGGCAGAAGCUCCUGGUAUAUAGUCUGAGACAGAGAAAAGGUAGAUGUAGUGAGUGUAGAAGAAAGGGAACAUGCCACAUUGUUAGAGAGACCAAAGUCAGCAUUACCUUAACUAAUUUUAUUGUCAGCCAGUCCACACAAGUUUUGUUCCUAUACAUCUAUCUUAAGUUUCCAUACUUAAACAAGAGUAUGUGAAAAGUAGUUAGGGUUGCCACCUUUCUUGGAAAAACAUACCGGCCUAACUAAUUUGCAUAAUUAAUUCUGUUUAGGUGACCUCAUAUGAUGUAAAUCACAAGGAGUAACAUAAGAGAAAAUGCUGUAAAAUCACCCAAAAAAACUUACAGUUUGAUUCAGCUGUAUAAAUGGAUUGCUACCAGUGUUUCAAGUCUCCAAUUGUCCCAGUGUCCCCAUGUGUCGAUUAACUCAGGUCUCAGUGUCCCUAUGUAUCUGUGUCUCAGUGUCCCAUGUCUCCCAGCGUCCCCUAGUCUCCCAGUACUGUCGUGUCUCCUAGUCUCCCAGUGACCCUAUGUAUCACAGUGUCCCUAUGUAUCACAGUGUCUCAAUGUCCCCAUGUCUCCCUGCCCCCCCGUAUUCCCAUGUGUCCCCAUGUCUCCCAGAGUCCCCAUGUCACUAGGACACAAGGAAUAUGAUGAGACCUGGGGACACAGUGAGAUCUGGGGACAUCGGGAGACCGAGACACCAGGGACACUGGGAGACUAGGGGACACUGGCAGGGACACAUGGGGACACUGGGAAAAUAGGGGACACAGACACCAGGAACACAGACACUAGAGACACUGGCUGGGGGAUAUGGGGACAUUGAAACAUGGGGGCACUAGGAGACAUGGGAACACUGAGACACCAGGGCCACAGACACUAGGGACACUGGCUGGGAGACAUGGGGACAUUGAGACCCUUGGGGCACUGGGAGACUAGAGGACACUUGGAGACAUGGGGACACAGACACCAGGGACACUGGCUGGGAAACAUGGGGACACUGGGAGACAUGGGAACACUGUGUCCCCAAGUGUCUGUGUCAUAAUAUCUCCCAAUGUCCCUUAGUGUCUCAGUGUCCCCAUGUCUCCUUUCAGCCUUUCCACCCAUCCCUCACUUCCCUAAGCUGUAGGCUGUCUCUGCAGGGCGGGAGUUGCUGUCUGGACUCUCUGUAGCUGCUCCUCUGUGAAUCAGUGAGUAGAGAUAGGCAGUGAGGGAUAUGCUGGAACUUCCUAUCCCUGCCUCUCUCCACACACAGUGACCCCUACUGGCUAGUGCUGGUAUUGCGUCAUAAUCUCUGUUUAUACUUAGAAAAAUAUCAGCAUUUGUGUUUCCAGUAUGACUGCAAUAUCGGCACUGCCCAGGCAGCCUCAAAUACUGGCUGUGCCAAUAAAAUAAAAGUCAGUGGAAACCCUAAGAGUGUGUAAAAAAAAAAUACAAAAAAAAAUCAAUGGGCCUAUUCCAUAGGCCUGGGCCUGGAGUUGCAGCUCCAUCAGCCCCUAUUUUAAUCCGGCCCUGGGUGCAGGGAGAGUCUGGGGCAGAGUAAGAACAGAGGAGCCUUGGGCAGAGGAAGAUCAGUGAAGCCUGGGGAUGAUGAUGAGCAGGGGAGCCUGAGGACGGGCAGAGGAGACAGGGGCAAAUGAAAAGAAAAGGAGACAUUGGGGUUUAUGAGGAGCAGGAAGAGUCUGGGGCUGAUGAGUAGCAGGGAGAGCCUUGGCAACGUAGGAGCAGGGUAACCUAGGGCCGAGGAGGAGCAGGGAGAGCCAAAUGCAGAGUAAAAGGGGAGUUUGGACAACAAAAGCUAUACAUUUGCAAUAACGACAAUUAUAUUAAUUACAAACAUUUUGAUAAUAUGAAGAGUACAAUUUAUGGAAAUGGGAUGCCAUGGAGUAAAAAAAGAUUGGGAACCACUGAUCUAAGGAAAGUAAUCUCACCAUAUUCCAUAAGGGUCAGCACAACCCAAUUAAAGAAUAAAACCCAAGACAAUCCAUAUCAUAUUGGGUACUAGUUAUUGUUACCUUCAUUAAAGGGUUACUCUAACCCUACUUAAAUAUAAAUUUAUUUUAAGGAAUAAUGCUCUAUAUAGGGCAUUAUUAUUUAGGUGCAAUAUAUGGUGAAGUACUCAGUCAUUCUAUUAGUUUAAAAUAUAUUACUCGAAAAUCCAUAUCAGGUUUGUGCAAAUGUGUUCUUAAAAUGCAAACUGAAUAAAGUGCAAUUUAAUAACUUGUCACAGUGGUUCCCAAACCAGUCCUCAAAGCAACCCAACCAGUCCAGGAUUUAGAGAUUACCCAGUUGUGUCUAAGGUGUUUAGAAAAAAAAAAAAACUUUAGAUACAACUGGCUAAUACCUAAAUCCUUGAUUGGAAGGGGUGCCCUGAAGACUGGUUUGGAAACCACUGACUUAUAAUGCAAACUUUGAAUUUAAAAGUGGAUAGUAUUUUUGUAUACCAAUUUACAAAUCAUUUUAAGUGCCAAUGAACAAAGAGCAUCCACAAUAUACCAAUUUCUCAAAAUAUUUGUGAUUUUAAAAUUACAGUGCUUAUGGCAGACAGUAUCUCGUUAAACCACUACAAAUAAUUUUUUGUGCUUUUUAUUAUAUCCACAAUACUGCUCAGGUCACUCUUUGGACAGGGGUAAAAACCUCAAAGACACAAAUACAGAGAGCAACCUUAAAAAAACCUUAAAAACCCCCCAAAGAGAACUUAAAAUGCCAACUCACAAAGGAGGAGCCAGGGGUAUGGCUCAAUGUUUUAGCCUUGGAGUCCUUUUGUAUGGAUUUAGACAUAGGUUAAGUUGUUUUGGUGCCCUUUAUCCCCUUAAGGAUGGCGGGUGUUCUCUGCCACCCUUUUUUGGGUGGUCAUAAACACCGGCGGGCGGCAUAGAACGUCCCCACCGUCCUUUGUGGUCACCGGGUCCCCGCCAUUCCCCUGACAGCGGUCGCAAUCCUGGGGUCUGCCUGGGAGCUCAGGAAGACCCCCUAUGCCUGAUCCGGCUCCCCCGGCCAUGUGAUCACGAGGUCCUUGCGAUCACAUGGACGGAAUAGCCGGCUAAUGCAGUGCCUGCAGGGGGCCUGCCUGAGCUCUCAGGCAGUCCCCCUAUUGCCUGUAAAAAAAGUUUUUAAAGUCAAUAAAAGUUAAUAAAAAGUUUAAUAAAGUAAAUAAAAGUACUUGGAUCAUAUAUAUGAUAUAAGUACUUUUAUAUGCACAUACACAUACAUAAACCAUUAAUAAAAGUGUAUAUAUGGAGUAAGGAUAAGCUUAGGAUAGUGUAAAGGGAGCAAGUCGGUUGUGGUGUGCCGAUACCGACGAUACGGUAAGCCUGUAAAUAAAGAGGGCCCACCAAGGAGUAAGAAAGUAAAGUAAAUGGAAAGAAAAGAGAAAGUGUUGAAAUGAGGAGUGGGUGGGAGGGUCAUUCUGAUGCUGACCUCAAGCGAUAUGAGUCAGGUAAGGGGUGUCCCUUAUAUAGGGGAGUGAAUUAAUUUAAGCCCCUCCCACAAAUACAGGCAAAACUGCCUUAAUACUUGUGUAAGGGGCAAAAUAGCCGUAUAUGGAGUAAGGAUCCAGCAUAAGCUUAGGAUAGUGUAAAGGGAGCAAGUCGGUUGUGGUGUGCCGAUACCGACGAUACGGUAGGCCUGUAAAUAAAGAGGGCAAAAAUGAAUAAUCAAAGAUUUAAUACAGUCAACAAAUAUAUACAAAUUAACCAGACAUUUCCUUAAAUGCAUUACAGUAUUUAAUUCCUGAAAGGAUUUUGAAGGUAGGAAUCUAGGACCGAAAGUGGGCACCAUUUGUUGUGGGUAGGAUAGUAUGUUAUCUCUACUGUUGGUGCAUGUUGACUCAUUUCGGAAUGUGGUAGAGCCAAUAGGUAAUGAUAUAUGUGUUUACGUACGUGGGAUCGUUGAAGACAAUGAUCUGUCUGAGUGGUGGUGAUGGUAGUGGAUUCUCUGGCCUGAGAAAGGCAUAAAAGGCAAUGUGCAUGGCUGGUAAUGGCCGACUUGGUAGUAUAAUUGAAUGGUUGUAGAUCUAAUAGGUCCGAUAAGGAUGAACAGUUGGAUGGCUAUUGGUAAUCUCUGAGAGGAACGUGGGGGAAUGGAUUCCUGAAAACCUCUGAGUAUAUUCUUUUCUGGUAUGAUAGCAUGAAGUUUAUGGUAGUUUUGGCCAUAGGUUAUCAUGUGUUGUUGAAUGCCUGUAAAAUAUAUAAUUAAUGGUGUAUGAGAUAGUUUAAGUUUAAGGUGGCAAAAAUAAGCAAAACUUAGGAGAAAUUAUAUAUAGAAUGAUGUUAAUUUUAUAUAUCUAUAUAUAUAUAUGAAACAAGGGGGGGUUGGCUGCACUCACCUGAACAUGCAUAAAUAGGGGUGCUGCUGGGGGCCAAAUGAUACAAUACACAAGAUCCAGCGCACUCACCUAUCCACUAAACAGCAACUUCAAUGUUGAAAGAUUUUUUUUUUUUUUUUUUUUUAAAUCCUGAUCCUGAUGAAAGUCCCUACUGGGACUGAAACGUUGAUCUUAUAUAUUUUUAAUGGAUAAUCAAUAAACUUUAUGUUUUAAUCUUCAAAGACCAAGAGUGCUAAUCACUAUAUAUAUAUAUAUAUAUUUGUGUAAGGGGCAAAUAGCCAUAUAUGGAGUAGCGUUCAAGUAAGAACGUAGGAUAGUAUAAAGGAGCAAAGUCAGUUGUGGUGUGCCGAUACCGACGAUACGAUAGGCUUGUAAAUAAAGAGGGCCCACCAAGAAGUAAUAAAAGUAAAGAAAAUAGAAGGAAAAAGAAAGUGUUGAAAAUGAGGAGUGGGUGGGAGGGUCAUUCAGAUGCUGACCUUGAUCGGUGUGGAGUCAGGUAAGGGGUGUACCUUAUAAAGGGGAGUGAUUUAAUUUAAGCCCCUCCCACAAAUACAGGCCAAACAGCCUUAACCCCUUAAGGACCAAACUUCUGGAAUAAAAGGGAAUCAUGACAUGUCAAGUUCAAGUAAAAACGUAGGAUAGUAUAAAAGAGCAAAGUUGGUUGUGGUGUGCCGAUACCGACGAUACGGUGGGCCUGUAAAUAAAGAGGGCAAAAAUUAAUAACCAAAGAUUUAAUACAGUCAACAAAUAUAUAUACAAUUAUCCAGACAUUUCUUUAAAAGCAUUUCUUAAUUCUUGUGUAGGUUUUGAUAUGUAAGUCGUAUAUGCGGAUGACUUCCAACGCCCCAGUGUUUUAUUGAUAUGUACCGGUAUGUUAGCGCUAGAAGCUGUGGAGGCCGCCCCUAUGCGGAAGGAGUGACCUGAGUAGUGAGAAGGGUUAAAACCUAGUAUGGUUAACAGGGAUCGGAUGUAUUUCAUGAAAGUCGUGGUAGUGAGAACAGAGCCUUUUAGUGAGAAUAGGUGUUGUGAUGGUGGUGACGUGGUAAGUGAAAGGUAGGAAUCUAGAGCUGUUACUGGACACCAUUUGUUGUGGGUAGGGAAAUAAGUGAUCUCCACUGGAGGUGCGUGUUGGCUUGUUUUUGACUGGGGUAGUGACAGUAUGUAGUGAACCAUGUGUUUGCAUAGGUGUGUGUGUAGAAGACAUCUGUCUGUCUGAGUGGUGGUGAUAGUAGUGAAUUCUCUUGGCCUGAGGAACCUGUAGAAUGCUAUGUACAUGGCAGCUUUGUUGACUGUGUUGGUGGUAGAGUGAAAAGGUUUGGAGUCUUACAGGUCAGAUAAUGACUAGAAAAGUGUGUUGUCUAUAGGUAAUCUCUGCGGAGGACAUGGAGGAAUGGAUUUCUGAAUACCUCUGAGUAUGUUCUUUACCUGAUAAGAUGACAUAAAACUAUGUGUAUGGGGUUGUAGUGUUAGCAUGUGAUGUUGAAUGCCUGUCAGAUAUAAUUUGAUUGUGUUGUAAGAUAAGUGUAAUUUAAGGUGGCAAAAAGAAGCGAAGGCUAUAAUAGAUUCCUGAGAAAUCUCAUGAUUGUUAGGGAUGAUGAACGGCCUUUGUUAAUGAUGUCACAUGUUGCUUGGUUGUCUGUGUGGCAACGGACUGACAAGCCUGACCAUAAAUGUCCCCAUGGCAGCUGCUACAAUGGGGUAAAUCUCAAAAAGAUCUGAGGUUGUAAAAAAGCCUUCUAAGUCAUAGACUUCUUCAGGCCAAUUACCCCAAAGCCAUUCGUUCCCAAAGAUCGCUGCGAAACCUGUGGUAGACGCAGCGUCUGACCAUAUGGUUGGGGAUAUGUCAGACAACUCUGGGAACAAGCUUUUACCAUUCCAGGUGGUCAAGAAUUCUUUCCACAUGUGUAGGUCUGCCGUGGAGUGCGCAUCCAAGGACAGUCUAUAGUUGUCGUGUUGGAAAUGAGGAAAAAGACAGAGAAGUCUAGAUAUGAAAGCACGCCCUUGAGGGAUGAUGUGCAUGGCAAAGUUGAGAGAUUGAAGUUCCUUGCGGUUGCAAUUACCCAGCAAGAUGUAAUGGUUGAUACUGUUGAGGAUGUUUGUCAUUUUUUCUUGUGGUAAACUAGCUUGCAUAGAGGCAAAGUCUAGUUGUAUACCCAGAAAUGUAAUGAUUGUGUCUGAACCUUCGGUUUUCUUAGAGGAUACUGGGACUCCCAGGUGGUCAAACAGACUAAUGGUUUCUUUGAGACUCCUGGGGGGAAAGGAGUUUUCUUCGAUCAGCAAGAAAUCAUCCAGAUAAUGGGUGACAAUGGGGCAUCUGGAAAUGUUAAGUAACAACCAGCAAAGUGAUUCUGCAAAAGUGUCGAAGAUUUUAUGGCUACUUUUUGACCCAAGGGUUAAGCAGGAGAAAAAGUAAUAGUUAUCUGCCCAUUUGAUGCCAUGUAAGUGCCAGAGUGUAGGGUGGAUAGGUAGUAGUUUAAAGGCAUUUGUAAUGUCUGUCUUACUUAGCCAAGCUCCAAUCCCUGCUUGCGUGAUGGCUGUGAUGGCAUGAUCUAUAGUGGCAUAUUGUAGGGAAAACUCUUUGGAGGGAAUAAGGGAGUUAAGACUCAGGGUAGACGAGGUAUGAGGGGCUGAGAGAUCUAUGAUGAGUCUCUGCUUCAGGGAAGAUUUCCCUGUGACUAUCCCGAUGGGAUUUGUACGCCAUGCCGUAAAAGUUGGGGUUUUAAAAGUCCCGAACAAAAACCCCUCUGCCAAUUCUUGGUCUAAGAGUGUAUCUAUGGCUGUUGGGUUUUGUUGUGCUGAUUGUAAAUUUGGACAUUCAAGAUGGCCUGUGGGCAUAUGUAUAAUGCCUGUAUGGAACCCCUCUGAGAAACCAGAGAUGAGAAAAUCUACCAUAUGUCUGGAGGGGUGAUUGGUCAGUAGUGCUGAGAAGACAUGAAUGUUAACAGACGUUAGGUAUGGUUUAGGGUACAUUUUAUUUGGAUACAUGGUUUUUGCAUGUGCCCUGAAACAAUGUGAACAAAUAUGCAAUAACCUGCAUGCACUAAAGCUACAUGUACCCACAUUGAAAUUAUUGCACACCUGUAAUUUACAAAAGAAAAUGACGACCCAGUUUGUCUGGUGGUUCUCUCAGUUCUACCCACGUAGCUGAUGCUAGGUGAAUGAUUACAGUAGUCUGCCGUGUGAGAACAAAAAUUAGUAGUGUGAGUAGUAGAAGAGCAGGAUGCACAAGCCGGUGUUUUGAGACCUGCGAAGUGUCUACAGAAUAGUUCCGUAUCUAGUCUGCUCCAGUUGAUAUGGGUACCAUACUGAGAGAGAGCGCCAGACACCUUUGUGGAAAAAGACCUAUGGUAGUCGUAAAAAGCCGACCCACCAUUUUUGUUCCCCAGGUCCACCAGCUUGUGCAUGUAGCGAUCAAACUCUUCCCUUCUAUUAGGGUACACUUCACAAAUAACAUCUCUAAAUAUACCAAAAGCUAACACAAAUUCAGGGAUGGUCAGUAUCUGGUUUAACCUGGCAUCUUUGGACCUGACCUUAACAGAUACUUCAUCAUACAUAUAAGUCUUAUUUUCAACCACAUCCGGGGAGGCAAUUAGUAGGGAUGCUAGGUUGACAUCUUUGCCUUCCAGGAUGUCUCUCUUAAUGUGGGCUGGGAUAGUGUGUGCAGGAUCAACGUCCUGAUAAUCUGAAGAGGUAAUAUUACCCAUAGCCCGUGGUUCGGUUGGUGCCUGUUGAGCGGUAUCAGGAAGGCUAGCCUUGGUGAGGGCUGUGGUGACCGCCGCGAGGUUAGCCAGUCUGUCGUUAACCUUGCCCAUAGAGUUCAUGAGCGAGGCCAGCAUAGCCUGGAUGUAACUCGAGUUGGUGUUGCUGGAGCCUUCCCCUGCUUCCGUAUUGUCGGUUGUAGUGCUUAGGAGUUUGAAUAGCUCUGCUUUCCUUGCUGUUGCAGGGUAGGGGAUUUGUCGCCUCCUUAGCUCGGUGGUGAUGCGUGGGAUCGUCCAGGCUCUGAUUGAUGCUGGACUGGCAACAUCUCUCCUACGAGAGGGUGUCUCGACCCUAGCUGGGGUGCCAUGAAGAGAUAGCUCUUCAUCACCUUCAUGAGACAUACUUAAAUAAAUAAAAGAUAAAAUUAUUAUUUGAACCGAGUAGUUUAGUACAGGCUUGCUAGCUAUGCCGUAAGGUGAAACCAUUAUGCUUAUUGUUUUGGUGACAGGUGAGGCCCUGCUAGUUGCCAAGCUGCUUGAGAGGCUCUAUCUAUGCUUGGUGCGAGGGGAUUUUUGUGGCCACUGAACGUUGUGGCAGGAUGUUAUCCUCUCAGUGACUGUAACCAGAAAAAAAAGGAAGGGGAGUGACAGGUGAGGCCCUCUCUAUGAUACGUGCGAGACGGCUAGCUCACGUGUGGGUGUAUGCUUCUGAGUUUGAGGCGGGGGAUGUUGGCCUCGCGGGACCACUAAUCCGAAGCAUAGUGCAGAGAAAAGAGGCCGAUUACCUAUUUGCCCCUAUGACCCUAAUUGCCAGUACUUAUGUCUAUUCUGUGGGAGAUUUUUGUUAUGGAUAUACUGUAAGCAGGUGUACGUACCUGGAAGUAUAGUUUUGUAACCUGAUAAUCCGUAUAGGUACCAGUAGUACCUGUAACUAAAUAGAUGUAUCCGUAUGAAAAUAAUGACAAAUGGCCAACCCAUUGUACCUUAAUUAUGAUUGGUUGUUUUGACCUGUAGAGGUCAAUGGAGAUGAUGUUUGUAGUUUCACGGUACGAAUGUACUUGCUGACCUGUAGGUGGCAGUGUCUGAGUUGUAGCAUGGUGGACGUAAUAAUAUGUAGCGUGAGUUCUAAGUAUUAAUUUUAUGUAAAAUUCCCCUGGUGACCAUAUAUGAAGUGGUCUGUAGGUGGCAGUGUAGGUAGAGAUCAUGUAUAGAUGUCAGUGAAGAGUUUGUAAAAUUAAUGUAUGAUAAUGUACUUGUCGACCUGUAGGUGGCAGUGUAGAGCCACCGUUAUAAUGUGUAUUGUAAAGUCAGACAUUUAUAAUUAACACAUGUCCCCUCCCACAAAUACAGGCCAAACGGCCUUAAUACAUAUAAAAUAAAAAUAAUCAAUAAAUACAAUUUAAAAAAUGAAUAAGAACAAAUAAAAAAAAAUAAAAAAAAAAAUAUAUACCAGUUGUAAUUUGUUCUAACUGUAUUUUGAUAUUAAUAUACAUAUAUAUUCAAUUCAAAAUACAUUUAGAAUGACAUUAUAAAUACAUAUAUGUAUCUAAAUAUCUAUAUCUCUCUCUCUAUAUAACUAUAUAUAAAUAACAAUACUAAAAAAAGUUAUAUAUACACAUAUAAAUAUAUAUAUAUAUAUAUAUUUGUGUUUGGGGCAAAUAGCCGUAUAUGGAGUAAGGUUCCAGCAUAAGCGUAGGAUAGUAUAAAGGGAGCAAGUCGGUUGUGGUGUGCCGAGACCGACGAUACGGUAGGCCUGUAAAUAAAGAGGGCAAAAAGAAUAAUCAAAGAUUUAAUACAGUCAACAAUAUAUACAAAUUAACCAGACAUUUCCUUAAAUGCAUUACGGUAUUUAAUUCCUUGAAGGAUUUUUGAAGGUAGGAAUCUAGGACCGCAACUGGACACCAUUUGUUGUGGGUAGGAUAGUAUGUUAUCUCUACUGUUGGUGCGUGUUGACUCGUUUCGGAAUGUGGUAGAGCCAAUAGGUAAUGAUAUAUGUGUUUACACACGUGGGAUCGUUGAAGACAAUGAUCUGUCUGAGUGGUGGUUAUGGUAGUGGAUUCUCUGGCCUGAGAAAGGCAUAAAAGGCAGUGUGCAUGGCUGGUAAUGGCCAACUUGGUAGUAUAAUUGAAAGGUUGUAGCUCUAAUAGGUCCGAUAAGGAUGGAAAAGUUGGAUGGCUAUUGGUAAUAUCUGAGAGGAACGUGGGGGGAUGGAUUCCUGAAAACCUCUGAGUAUAUUCUUGUCUGGUAUGAUAGCAUGAAGUUAUGGUAGUUUUGGCCAUAGGUUAUCCUGUGUUGUUGAAUGCCUGUAAAAUAUAUAAUUAAUGGUGUGUGAGAUGGUUUUAGUUUAAGGUGGCAAAAAAUGAAGCAAAACCUAGGAGAAAUGUUAUGACACAGGUUGAGCUAUGUCGUGUUCCAAUGAGAUUCUUUAAAGCCAGGUGAAUAGGUGCGUUCUACAAGUAUGGGAUGAAAGUGCUAGGUGGGAUAGUGCAUGCUAUGCUGCAUGAGUAUGUCUAAUCCAUGAUUUUGUCUCUGGAACGAAAGAGUGGCCGUGACUGUAUAUAAGGCUGUAGGAAGCGUAUGAUUAACGUGCCUGGAAUAUAAAUGAGACAAUUGUCGGCAAGGAUGUAUACCACCGCCUGGUACAUGAAAGUAAAAGAAAUGUGGUAAGUGGCCAACCAAGUGAGUUCCCCAGCAAUACCAUGAUCGUAUGGAUGAUGAGUGGCAUUUGUUGAUGAUAUGACAUGUGCUUAGUUGUCUGAGUAACAACGGAUUGAUGACCCUGACCAUGAUUUACCCCAUGCCACAGCAGCUGCUUUUAGCGGGGAAAGGAUUGCCCAUUUUAUGCCAUGUAAGUGCCAGUUUGUAGGGUAGAUGGUAGCUGUUUACUGUGUUGAUGAUAUUGGUCUUACUUAACGAAGCUUCAACCCCUGCUUGAGUGAUAGCUGUAAAGGUAGAUCAAUGGUGUGUAUAGUAAGGAAACUCCUCGGAGGGUAUGAGGGAGUUGAGACUUGGGGUAGCGAAGGUGUGUGGUGCCAAUAAGUCUAUGGUUAGUCUUUGUUUAAGGGAAGAUUCCCUUGUGACAAUACCAAUGCGUUUGUGUUUGGUGCCAUGCUGUAAAUGGUGGAGAUUGGAAAACCCAAGUAAAAACCCCUCUGCAAAUCUUGGCUAUGAGUGUGUUUACAGCCGACGGUUCUGUUGUGCUGACUGUAAGUGAGGGCAUGCUAUAUUCCUUGAGAGUUUAUUUAUGAUACCUGUAUGGGAGCCCUUUGAAGCUCCAGAGCCUUAGUAACUCUACUACAAGUCUGGAAGGGUGAUGAGUCAGUAGUGUUGAAAAUGCAUUGGUGUGUACAGAUGGUGAGUACGUUAUUUGCAAGUUGCAUUGGGACACAUGGUUUGUCAUGUGCCCUGAAUGAUUUGAACAUAUAUGCAACAGUCUAUAUGCAAUGCAACUACUAAUACCAAUUGUCUAUGGUAGUUCAGAGGUGCUGGUACCUGGAGCCUGAGAGUGCUCACCCGUUUGUUUGGGAGAAAAUCCCUUCUGUAUGGGUACCUGCACAAAUAAGCAUCUCUACAUAUUCCAAAUGCCAACACAACCAAGGGAUGGUCAGUUCCCGAUUUACCUAGAAUCCCUGGGUCUGACCAUCAUAGAUACAUCAUCAUACAUAUAUAUGCCUUGUUUCCCCAAUGUGCCGGGAUCAUAUGUGCAGGGUUAACGUCUUGUACCAAGUAACCGAGUUUCGGUUGGUGCUGGUUGUACAGUAGCGUGAGGCCCAGCCUUGUGAGGGCUGUGACUGACUCGAAAUUGCCAGUCUGUCGUAAAUUUUUUGGCUCAUGAGUUUAUGAGUGAGCUAGCAUGGCCUGGGUGUCACCUGAGUUGGUGUUGCUGGGCCUUCCCCUGCCUCCGUGUUGUCCAUUGAUGUAUGGAGGAGUUUGAAUAACUCUGCUUUCCUUGCUGUGGCAGGGUAGGGGAUUUGUCGCCUCCUUAGGUCGGAGCCACAUCUCCUCUGCUUGAAGGUGUAUCACUUCUAGCCGGGGGGGCCAGGAAGAGGUGAUUCUUCACCAUCUUUUUGAGAAAUACUUAAAUAACAAUAAAGAUUGCAAUUAUUAUUUGUACCCAGGGUCUUGUACUGGCUUGCUAGCUAAGCCGUAAGGCGAAACGAUAAGGCUUGGUGUUUUUUGGUGACUGGUGAGGCCCUGCUAGUUGCCAAGUGGCUUGAGAGGCUCUAUCUAUGCUUGGCGCGAGGGGAUUUUUUUUUGUGGCCACCGAACGUUGUGGCAGGAUGUUGGCCUCUCGGUGACAGUAACCAGAAAAUAGGAGGGGGAGUGACAGGUGAGGCCCUCUCUAUGAUACAAUGCGAGGCGGCUAGCUCACGAGUGGCCCGAGGGGUGUAUGCCUCCGAGUGUGAGGCGGGGUGUUGGCCUCGCGGGACCACUAACCAAAGCGUAAAGCAGAGAAACAGGGGGUAAUACCUAUUGGGCCAUAGAACCCUAAUUGCCAGUACAUUACUACUAUUCCAGGGAAGGUAAGAGAUGAAGGUGUAUCACUUCUAGCCAUGGUGCUAGGAAGAGGUGAUUCUUUACCAUCUUUUUGAGAAAUACUUAAAUAACAAUAAAGAUUGCAAUUAUAUAUUUGUACCCAGGGGUCUUGUACCGGCUUGCUAGCUAAGCCGUAAGGCGAAACGAUUAGGCUUGGUGUUUUUUGGUGACUGGUGAGGCCCUGCUAGUUGCCAAGUGGCUUGAGAGGCUCUAUCUAUGCUUGGCGCGAGGGGAUUUUGUGUGGCCACCGAACGUUGUGGCAGGAUGUUGGCCUCUCGGUGACAGUAACCAGAAAAAUAGGAAGGGGAGUGACAGGUGAGGCCCUCUCUAUGAUACAAUGCGAGGCGGCUAGCUCACGAGUGGCCCGAGGGGUGUAUGCCUCCGAGUGUGAGGCGGGGUGUUGGCCUCGCGGGACCACUAACUGAAGCAUAAUGCAGAGAAAAAAGGGGGUAAUACCUAUUGGGCCCUAGAACCCUAAUUGCCGGUACACUAUUACUAUUCCAGGGAAGGUAAGAGAUGGAUAACUACGUGAGCAGGUGUACGUACCUGGUAGUAUGGUAUUGAACCUGACAAUCCUUAUAGGUUUUUUAGUAGUAACUGUAACCUGAAUGGAUAAAAUCGUAUGGCAUAAGGAAAUAUGGCAUAGACCAAGCUUAUCUUAAAACAUACAGUAUAUGUGAAAGUAAAGUGCCGUGAUAUGUAAAUAUUAAACAUCAUAUCCAUACUGGUUAAAUAUGUAUCAAUCUUAACCCAUUAAGUGCUGUAUGUAUGUGAACCAUAUUACCAGUUACGUAUAUACAGAUGCGUGUGCUACUGUGUAAUAAUAUGUGUAUUUAUAACAGAUAUUGAUAUACUGCUUGCUAUGUGAAUUGUUGUAUGCCUUAUUGAAUGGCAAGUGAACAUGGAGUUGCAAAAUGCAAGUGCACUGGAGAUCUGCCGAGUGCCCUAUAGGUGGCAGUGUAGUUGAUACUGAUUGGUAUGUGAAAUGUUGUUUGUCUGUUGACCUAUAGGGGUCAGUGUUUUGGUGUUUGUAAAACCCCAUGAAAAUUGUCAAUGUACUUGACAGACCUGUAGGUGGCAGUGUUGAUAGAACCACUGUUAGUGUUAAUGUGAAAUGUAAAUUAUUGUGAAUUAAACCUGAAGUUGAGCCCGUGUUGGAGUUUAAUUCAUGGUUUAUGGUUAUGUUUAAAACAAUCUUAUGCGUAAUUUAUAUUGGCUGGUAAUUGUAUAUGACAUGUGAAGACAGUUUUGCUGUUGACCAGUAGGGGUCAGAAAUUCUGAUUGUAUGGUAAAAUACCCUUUAACCCCUGAAGGAUACAUGACAUGUGUGACAUAUCAUUUAUUCCAGAGUUUGGUCCUUAAGGGGUUAAUCCAAAUGCAAGGUUAACGUGAGAUUUUGAGAGUGACCUGUAGGGGUCAGUGUGGUUUAUGUGAAACAUUGUUUGUGAGCUAUGCCCCAGCAUUAUAGUUGUGUGACAGGGAAACAAACAGUGCCCGUUUGACAAUAUACAAUAAGUGAACAUAAUAGCUUAAUAACAGUCAUUGUAACAAACCAAAGUUCUGUUCAUGGGUUGUAAACGCACGAAGCGUGUGUGUAGUACAAUAGUAAAUGCAUGAACUAGUUCCCGUUUGGUAGAAAAUUGCACGAACCGUGAGCCUGGUAUGUCAGGGAAACAAAACGAAACGAGCAGUGAGAUUCGAAAUGCACGCACAGAAUUGCCUAGUAUGUUUAGGCAAUUGAAACAGAAUGUGUUCCCGUUUGGGAGUAUGCUAAUGCUCGAAAUGAGCCAGUGACAGAAAUAAACAAGUGAGUUUAAACAAAUGAUAUGAUAUCACUUCUAGCCAUGGUGCUAGGAAGAGGUGAUUCUUUACCAUCUUUUUGAGAAAUACUUAAAUAACAAUAAAGAUUGCAAUUAUAUAUUUGUACCCAGGGGUCUUGUACCGGCUUGCUAGCUAAGCCGUAAGGCGAAACGAUUAGGCUUGGUGUUUUUUUUUGGGUGACUGGUGAGGCCCUGCUAGUUGCCAAGUGGCUUGAGAGGCUCUAUCUAUGCUUGGCGCGAGGGGAUUUUGUGUGGCCACCGAACGUUGUGGCAGGAUGUUGGCCUCUCGGUGACAGUAACCAGAAAAAUAGGAAGGGGAGUGACAGGUGAGGCCCUCACCUGUUUGGGAGUAUGCUAAUGCUCGAAAUGAGCCAGUGACAGAUAUAAACAAGUGAGUUUAAACAAAUGAUGCAAUGGUUUUAGGACAGAUUUAGACCAAAUGCAGCCGUAAAGUGAGGACCUGACCCGUGCAUGGUGCCUGGCGUAACGGGUAGGCCGACUUACGGUUUGUGAGUCACUUGGACACCAUCCACAGCAAUAGAUUGAAGAAAGAAGGUGAUAGGCCGGAAAAGCCUGUGGCUGAAUUCCUGACACAGCUCAAGUUAGAAAACCUCAUGGAGUAAUCAGGUAAAAUGGCGUCUGGAUGACCCGGAAGUGGAAAUCAUUCUGAUGCUGACCUCAAGCGAUAUGAGUCAGGUAAGGGGUGUCCCUUAUAUAGGGGAGUGAAUUAAUUUAAGCCCCUCCCACAAAUACAGGCCAAAUGGCCUUAAAACAUAUACAUAUAUAUAUAUUUUUUCAAUUCUACAAAUAUAUUUAUAUAAUAUUUUUACAUAAUCAAGUUAUUUUAUUAAUUACAAUUUGUGGGACCUGCCUGACAGCCCAGGCUGAAAGUCCAGAGAAUUUGGCUUGCAAGCCCUAUAUUUAACACUGUAACUUUCUAGGAUACCAUAAAAACUGUACAUGGGGGUUAUUGUUUUACUUGGGAGACUUCGCUGAACACAAAUGCAGUUUUUUGCAUAUUUCACACACAAACAGUACUUCCACUGACGAUAUUGUUGUGAUACAUUUUACUAUUUUGAAACACUAAUAUUUGUGUUUGGCGAAGUCUCCUGAGUACAACAGUACCACCCAUGUACAGGUUUUAUGGUGUUUUCAAAAGUUACUGAGUCAAAUAUAAGGCUUGAGUUUCCUUUUUUCCCCACUGGUUAUGUUGCUUUUGAGACUGUAUGGUAGCCCAGGAAUGAGAAUUACCCCCAUGAUGGCAUACCAUUUGCAAAAGUAGACAACCCAAGGUAUGUCCAGUCUUUUUUAGUAGCCACUUAGUAACAAACACUGGCCAGAAUUAGCAUUCAAUUUAGUUUUUUGCAUUUUUCACACACAAACAAAUAUGAAUGCUAAAUUUGUUUGUAACUAAGUGGCUACUAGAAAGGACUGGAUAUACCCCAUUUGUAAUGCCUUGGGUUGUCUACUUUUGCAAAUGGUAUGCCAUCAUGGGGGUAAUUUUCAUUCCUGGGCUACCAUUUGGUCUCAAAGGCAACAUAACCAAUCUGGCGAAUCUCAAUGUGCAUAACCUGAAAAAUGUAACAUGCUAUAUUUGACCCUUUAACUUCCCCCAAAAAACAUAAAAACCUGUACAUAGGGGGUACUGUUUUACAUGUGAGACAUUGCUGAAUACAAAUAUGUGUAUUUUAUUCCAGUAAAGCUAACAGUAUUAUGACAUUCACCGUUAAAAUGUCACGUAGAACUAAAAAAAACAUUUCCCCCCAUUUUUUUAUAUUUUAUUCAUAUUAAAUUAGGUUUCAUAGCUAAAUAUUGACGUUAAAUGAAAUCCCUGUUUCCCCUGAAUAAAAUGAUAUAUAAUAAGUGUGGGUGCACUUAAUAUAAAAGAGGUGAAAUACAGUUGAACAGACAUAAACAGUCAAAUUCCAGGUUUUGGUUACGUUUUGUUUUGAUCACAACGUGUACAUUUGGCUCAGUCCUUAGGAGGUUAAAUGCAUCCCUUUUGGUGUUUUGGUGUCCCUUUAAAUGUGAAAUUCACUAUGAAUGCCUGACUUAAGUAAAUACCCUGUUAGUGAGUUAGUUAUGAAUUUGUGCCAAAAAUGUGGCAGUGCCCUUUAUUUAGAAUUCCAAUACACACUGGCAACUUACUGUCAAUACACAUAUUAUAUAUGACUGAGAUUACUACUCCAACAGAAGGUUCCUUCAAACUGAUACCUGACCGACAUAUUUAUCUUUAAUUAGCUUUCAUGGUUUUGCUUUCUUUUCUUAGAUAAUCGGUUGGACUUUAAUUGCUGCUGUGUUACUUCUAGCAGUGCUAAGUAUAUGCGCAAGUCGAUGUUGCUCACCAGUUCGUUAUCGACAGAGGAAAUUUUGGAAAAGUUAUAUAAGACAUGAGCAGGAGAUGGUUGAUAAAAAAACUAAUGAGCUUGCCAUCAGCUUUGCAGAAAGGAAUGUUACAAGUUUUUUUGAACAGACCCAACCUGAUCCAUUCGUAAUGCCGACCUCCAGAGAAUGGCAGCGUAUAUCCUCAUCUUACAAUUUCAAAGCGAAUCCGGACUACUAUAGCAUGAUACACAAAUUAAUAGAGGGAAAUACCAAGACAAACGGAGAAAAAGAAGCAUCAGAAACUGUUUAGUGGGAUUCUAUGUGCUAAAUAGUCAUGUGAAUUUGUUACUCUUUCAUCAUUAUGUUGCCGCUGCAUAAAAGGUUUUGUGAAAUGUUAAACGUAAAUAUACUUUUUCUCCCUCUGUAUUUUUGCAGAUCAGCAGUUCCUCAGCUUCCUGUUUGUAAUUCCCUGCUCACGUCUCAAAAAUGUCUAAUUUGAGCCAAUAAGAGUAAACCAAUGACUGUGUAUGUGAAUCAUUACUUCAGCACUAUUCAGCACAGCCUUUACAUCAAUAUCAAACCGAAUACCACACCAUACAUAUAUUACCAAAAAUGUCUCUAUCUCUAAUGAUUGUCAUUAUAUAGUUGCAGUUUACAUGUUUUGUCUGUAGCCUCUCUUUAAAGGGACACUAUAGUCACCAGAACAACUUCAGCUUAUUGAAUUUGUUCUGGAGUGUAGAAUCAUUACCUUCAGGCUAUUUUGCUGUAAACACUGUAUUUUCAGAGAAAAUGCAGUGUUUACAUUACAGCCUAGUGAUAACUUCACUGGCCACUCCUCAUAUGGCUGUUAGAGAUCCUUCCUUGGUCAUGGCUGCCUAAAAUGCAUCCAAUCAUUCCGUAUCUCCUCCCUCUGCAUGCAGACACUGAACUUUCCUCAUAGAGAUUCAUUGAUUCAAUUCAUCUCUAUGAGGAGAUGCUGAUUGGCCAGGGCUGUGUUUGAAUCAUGCUGGCUCUGCCCCUGAACUGCCUCAUUGUCAGUCUCAGCCAAUCCUACGGGGAAGCACUGUGAUUGGUUCAGGCUACCACUUCUGAUGAUGUCAGCAGACUGCUUGUUUUUUUUUUUUAGGCAAACAGCAUGCAGAUCUACAGCUUCUGGCUUGAAUACAGUAAUAUGUUGCUAUAUUUAUGGAGGCAUGAAGGGCCCAGGGGGGCUAGAUGGUGGUUUUAACACUAUAGGGUCAGGAAUACAUGUUUGUGUUCCUGAUCCUAUAGUGAUCCUUUAAAGUUGACUACAUUCUAAACAAUAAACAAAAUGCUGCAACACGUUUCCACUAAUAACUUUUUAGUGUUUUGGGUGGUUAGCAUGACUGAACUGACCUUAGGAGACUAUAGGUACAUCCAGUGACUUGGACAACCAUAAUACUGGAGACACUGUAUUUAAUAAGAUUCCUUUAAACUCUGCUUCAGGUGCCCAUAGUCACAGAGUCACAAACAAAUGUAUUUGAUGCAAGGCUUAUCUUAUUAUAGCCUACAGAAAGUUUAUUCCGUCUUUCCCUUAAAAUAAGACUGGGUCUUAUAUUAAUUUUUCCCCCGAACAAAGCACUAGGGCUUAUUUUCGGGAGAUGUCCUAUUAUGGUGAAAAAUAAUAGCAAGCACCUGCUUGAAAGUAGGCCUACGUUCGGGGGAUUUCCCGAACAUAGAUAAGCGAACUAGUGACUAGUGCUUACUUUUGGGGGAUGUCUUAUUUUUUGGGGAAAACGGUAGUAAACAUAGAUAAUACACAUAAUAGAAAAUAUAUACAAAGACAGCAAGAUGGGGGUACAGAACAAUUUCACACAGGAGUAUAUUGCAUAACUAAGGUAGUAAUCUAUAUUCAACUCUGACUUUACCGAAAAAUAGAAGGGCAACCAGGUUAGUCACGUGCACAACUUAAAAUUAAGGAAAGCAACAACAAUAAAACAGACAAUAUAUAUAUCUGCAGUACAAAAAGUGUUCCUGGCAUAUUCAUCACACUCUAACACCUAAAGGGACACUCUAAACACAUAAUGACUAUGAAGCAAUAGCCUGCUGGCAGUGGCUAAUGUGCUGAGAGGGCCUUUUUAACUUUUAAUAGUUUAGUAAGGUAAAAUAUUUUCUUCUAUGUAUGCGAUUAUUCUUUGGUAAAUUAUAACACCUUGCAGAUUACGUAGUUUAGUUUGAUUUUAUUCUCCAAACAUUGACUUUUGGUGAAUUUAAAACAUAACUUAAAAAUCUAGUAACCGAAAACGUAUUAAAGUUCUAAACUCAUCUGUAUUCAAAACUUGAGUAUUUUGUCAAUAUUGUGUGUUAUGUAUUCAAUCCACCUUGAUUCACUAUUUAGUGAAUAAACCCCUAUUUGAAACAUAUUUGUAAUUAUUAAAACAUAUGUAUGUAUUCGCAAACAUUUGAUAUUUUUUGUUUUAGCUGAUUGUGUAUGUGAGUGCCAUCUGGUGGUUAAAUGGAUGACAAGCAAAACUAGGAAUUGUACAGAAUAUAUAUAGUUUUAUAUUACAUUAUAGUAUGAUAUAUCAUGUACGCAAUGUAUGGAUUGUAUAAUAAAGAAAACAAUAGUAAAAAAAUAUAUAAAAAUAUAAAAUCAUAUUUGGUUAGAUGCUUACAAUAAAUUUUUUACUAAAAUCCUUAACUAGUUCUAAACUAAUAAUACCCAAUAUGUUGACACAUCUGUAUGUGGGUGGCUUAAUUUAUACAGGAAGUAGAAACAAUCCUGUAUUUUUUUUUUUUUUCAUUUUCCAUAUGAAAUAUAAAUACAGUAGGAAAUGUUUUGUUUACAGGUAAUGGGAGAUAUAUUGUAUUGAAAUGUAUGUUAUAGGAAAAUAAUGCCAUUAAGGGAUUUAGCAUGUCUCAUAAACUCAGGGAAAUAAAAAGUCAACUUUCUUUUAAAAUAUUUAUGAGCAUUUUGAUAAAUACAAACAUUAUGUCAAAUUUAUGAACAAUUUGUUUUCUCUGACUAAUGUCCGCAGAAUAUGUUUGAACGUGC